GUACAGUAGAUUGUGACUGUUGAUUUUACUUCUGUUCAGCUGAAUUUUUUUUUGCAUUAUGAUUCCGUUCGUACAAUCGACAAUGACGAAAUUAAUGAUUUAUGUUUAUCUAGUGAUAUUAUCAGUGCCCAGUGUUAUCAAUGAGAAUGAAAUAGGAAUAGCACAGGCACAAGUAAUCGACACAAAUGGACAAGCACUGACACAAACAUUCAACACUAAUGGACAACCAGUGUCACAAACAAUCACCACAAGAGGAGGAGCAUUGACACAAACGUUCGACACAUAUGGAGGACUAGUGGAUCAAAGGAUCGACACAGGAAUUGGAGCAGUGGUACAAACAUUCCGCACAUAUGGAGGAUCUAUUUCACAAGUAAUUAACACAAAUGGAGGAGCAGUGACACAAGUAUUUGACACACAGGGAGGACCAGUGACACAAACAAUCUACACACGUGGAGGAGCAGUGACACAAACUAUCCACACACAAGGAGGAAUACGGUCACAAACAAUCGAUACAGGAGGAGGAGCACUGACACAAACAUUCGACACAACAAGAGGAGCAGUGACACAAAUUAUCCACACACAAGGAGGAAUACGGUCACAAACAAUCGAUACAGCAGGUGGAGUACUAUCACAAACAUUCGACACAAUAAGAGGAAACCAGACACAAAUAAUCGAUACAACAGGAGGACCACUGUCGCAAAUAAUCGACAUAGAUAAUAUGCCAUGACAAUGCUAUUUGAAGUGCCAGUGACCUGUGGAACAACCUAUUUUAUCCUAUCUAAUAUUACAUAUGCUAUUAAAAAAUAUGUUUAUUUUAAAAUUUGUGUAAUUGGCAAAUUGUGUAUCAUAUCAAAUAAAUGAAUAACGCAAAGA